CGGGCUGUGCCGGGGGAGGAGGGGGAUCAGCGCCGCCGCGGACGGGCCUCGCCUCCUUCUCCUCUCCCCCAACACCAUAGGCGGCUCAGGCGCCAAGAUGUCCAACCGAGUGCUCUGCCGGGAGGCCAGCCACGCCGGCAGCUGGUACACGGCCUCAGGACCUCAGCUGAGUGCGCAACUAGAAGGUUGGCUUUCUCAAGUACAGUCUACAAAAAGACCUGCUAGAGCCAUUAUUGCACCACAUGCAGGUUACACUUACUGUGGGUCUUGUGCAGCUCACGCUUAUAAACAAGUGGAUCCUUCGAUCACACGGAGAAUCUUCAUUCUUGGGCCUUCACAUCAUGUGCCCCUUUCCCGAUGUGCACUUUCCAGUGUGGAUAUAUAUAGAACCCCUCUAUAUGAUCUGCGAAUUGAUCAAAAGGUUUAUGCAGAUCUAUGGAAGACUGGAAUGUUUGAACGCAUGUCUCUGCAAACAGAUGAAGAUGAACACAGUAUUGAAAUGCAUUUGCCUUAUACUGCUAAAGCCAUGGAAAGCCAUAAGGAUGAGUUUACCAUCGUUCCUGUAUUGGUCGGGGCACUGAGUGAGACAAAAGAGCAGGAAUUUGGAAAACUCUUCAGUAAAUAUUUAGCAGAUCCUUGUAAUCUCUUUGUGGUUUCCUCAGACUUCUGCCAUUGGGGUCAGCGGUUCAGAUACAGUUACUAUGAUGAGUCUCAAGGAGAGAUUUAUAGGUCCAUUGAACACCUAGAUAAAAUGGGUAUGAGCAUUAUAGAGCAGCUUGAUCCUGUGUCCUUUAGCAAUUACUUGAAGAAAUACCAUAAUACAAUAUGUGGAAGACAUCCCAUUGGCGUUUUACUAAAUGCUAUCACAGAGCUCCAGAAGAACGGAGCGAACAUGAGCUUCUCGUUUUUGAAUUAUGCCCAGUCAAGCCAGUGCCGAAACUGGCAGGACAGCUCAGUGAGCUACGCAGCAGGAGCGCUAAUGGUCCACUGAACCUCUGGCUACUCAGGGAUUGACACCUGCACACACUCUAUGGAGUCCCAGCCUUGCCCUUACAAAGAUGCAGUUCCUGGUCUUCGGGUAUACUUAAACCUCAAACUAAUAGAACUCUUCUUUUUUUUUCUAGUAGGUGUAGUCCUUCCUUAGUUACAACUCAUUUUAAAAUGCUUUCUUGUUUAGGACAAGGGGAAGGAAGGCUGGUGUCAAAAUGUUGUGACUUCUAAAAACCGGUGGCUAUAAAGGUACGGUGCCAGACGGUCCUUGCAAAGGCAACAUGUAAAGCAUUUUACCGCACAUCCCAGAUUUGCACUCUGCAGACCUGUGCACAUGUCCUCUGCUUUCAGAAUAGUUUUGCAAGUUGUAAACGGAGAAGGGUGGAAGCUUUUUAAUAAAAAAAGAUGCAUUUAUAAAAGAUCCUGUAAUAGAAUAUAAUAAAAUCCCAGUAUAGUCAAUUACUACCCGUGUCGUACAACAGAUAUCUUCUAUUUUAGUUGCUAAUAAAGGGCUGCACAAACCAAA